AAAGUGAAAUUGACAUCAACCUGUGAUGUCUGCCAAUUUCGCAAGGCUAAAUGUAAUAAGGAACGACCAGAGUGCGGUACUUGUAAAAAAUCCAAUAGAGCCUGUACUUAUGAGCGUGCUGCUUUCGUUAAAGCAUUACGUGAUAAGCAAAUUGAGGAAGAAGACGAAUUCAAUCAUCUUCAGGAAAAAUUAGAUUGCUUACAACAAACGCAGUUUGGACCAUUAUAUGAUGAAUCAGGUAAUUUAUCGAUUGUCAAUGAAAAUCAGCAGAAUGUCGAUAAUGUUCCCGUAAGUUAA